CGAAGUCCCAUGCCGAGAGCGACGUGUCACACUGUCCUAUCCCAUAUCGCCGUCCGCAGAAGUAUGCAGGACGGAGUAUCACAGAGUUGAAGCGAAUCACAGCCACCGCUCUGUGGAAUUUCGCAGAAAAUGCACGCCAAGUUGAUGCGGCUCUCCCUCAGUACCUCAGAGCAUGGCAAACGGCUUCAUAUUUGACCUUCGUGGUCCAGCAACGCAAAGAUGACGUUCUCGAGCAUCGCUCUUGACAGUCGACAGAUAUAUAGAGUCCUUAAUACUUUUCUUUACCUUAAGCCAACGAGAAGGGAAGCCCUGAACAGAAUCUUCAUGUUAUAUCGGGAUUUGGAUGGAGGGUUUCUCCCUGAUACUCCUAAAUCCUUCCAAGUACAUCGAGCAUGUCACCAGACUCUUGGAUUAUGCCUGUCUUUUGUGCUUGAUCCACUCACUAUUUUCUGUUCUGUCAUAUCAGACCCAAGGCUUUGUUGUCCAAAAAAUCCACCUUUCCAUUCGAUUCCCCAUAACUUCAAACAGUACAAACUGACAGCUGCUCCUCUCUGUGACCUCCGGCCUGAGGUUGGCUUUUUCUACUUCCCUAUAACUGACCCUUUGGGAGAGUCUGACCGGGGAAUCGCUACAGCAACCUGGAAACACCUUGGCACUACAGAUAUGAGGAACUUGAAGCACUUGGCACUAGGCUUAACUUUCUGUAGGCGUUAGGGAAAAUAAUUUUCCUAUUCCGGACUGUUUAGUGAUUUUCCUUUUGAGGCAUUGUCCCAGGACUCCGGAACAAUCUUAAUCGAGCACUCGUUAACUUCUUGUCACCUAGGGCUUCACUACCGGUGGGGUCAGAGCCGGAACUUGGUCGAAUAUUGGCACCAUCUUCCUCACCUCGAAAGAAUCACUCUCGUCUUUCCCACCAAAGCAUCCAAGUCAACGGCCGGAAAUGUGCUAGAAGAGAGUG